AUGGCUAUGCGUGCCACGGUACGGAAGGCUACUACACCUGUUAAAAAGGCUGGUAUCGCCGGAACGUCCCGUGCGGCGGCCGCCUCGCCCAGUCGCGGGGCUGCUCGUCCCGCUGCCGCUGCUGCGGCAAAACCUGCUGUUUCUGGUGCUGAGAUGGCCACGCCGCCUGUCGAAGCGGCUGAUCUAGCGGCUGAAAUCGCUCGCAGUGUACCUGAGCUGCCGAGAAGAAGCGAAACUGCAAGCGAUGCUCCUGACCUUUCUCUGGACGAAAGCAUGGUGGCGAGCCUCGAAGCUCUGGAAAACGGCAAUGUGCGCCCUGACGAGCCAGAAGUGUUCAAUGGCGACUGGAGCUCCAGUUUCCAGGGAUUGGGAUCGGCACCGUUCCCGCGGGAGGUCUCUGAUGUGCUCCUCGCCCCUGUAGUGGCUGGCGACGUGGAGAUCACGCCUGACGGCUUAAUUUAUCUGCCCGAAAUCAAGUACAGGAGAAUUCUUAAUCGUGCCUUUGGUCCGGGUGGGUGGGGCAUUGUCCCCCGAACCAAAACGUUGGUCACAAAGCGCAAGGUCACCAGGGAGUAUGGCCUGAUCUGUCUGGGUCGGCUGGUGUCUGUGUCCCGGGGUGAGAUGGACUAUUUCAGUGCUGAGGGUGUCACGACUGCCAUGGAGGGCUGUAAAUCAAAUGCGUUGAUGCGGUGUUGUAAGGAUUUGGGAAUCGCAUCCGAGCUGUGGGACCCGUCGUUUAUUCGUGAGUUCAAAGCUAAACAUUGCGAUACCAAGUACUUUGAGAAGAAAAAACGCUUUGCCUGGAAACGUAAAGAUAGACAAUGGGAGUAUCCGUAUGUAUAA